UUUCUCUUCGGAAUAGGGACGUCAAGCCGGAAGGGAAUGGCGGCAGCAGCUCUGAAGAGACUUUGGUCUCGAGGCCGCGGAGAAGCAGGGCCCGCGGCAGCUGCAAAGCCAGGCGUGUGGGCGAGGUUGGGCACCUGGGCCCGCGCGCUGCUCCGGGACUACGCCGAGGCUUGCGGGGACGCGGCGGCGGCGGCGCGGGCUCGACCCGGCCGGGCGGCAGUGUACUUGGGGUUGCUGGGCGGCGCGGCGGCCUGCUGCACGCUGGCGCCGAGCGAGGCGGCCUUUGAGGAGGCGCUGCUCGACGCGUCGGGGACCCUCCUCCUGCUGGCGCCGGCCACGAGAAACCGCCACUCGGAAGCGUACGUGCAGCAGCUGCUCUGGCUGCGGGGCCGUGGGCGCCUGCGCCACGUGAACCUGGGCUUCUGCUCGCUGGUGUACGAGGCGCCCUACGACGCACAGGCCAGCCUCUACCAGGCCCGCUGCCGCUACCUGCAGCCCCGUUGGAUUGAGUUCCCGGACCGGAUCCUGGACGUGGGCUUUGUGGGCCGCUGGUGGGUGCUGAGUGCUCGGAUGCGCGACUGCGACAUCAACGAUGACGAGUUCCUCCAUCUGCCGGCACAUUUACGCGUUGUCGGGCCCCAUCAGCUACACUCGGAGGCCAAUGAGCGGCUCUUCGAUGAGAAGUAUCAGCCGGUCGUGCUCACUGACGAUCAGGUGGACCAGGCGCUAUGGGAGGAGCAGGUCUUGCAGAAGGAGAAGAAGGACAAGCUGGCCCUGAGCGAGGCCAACUCGCUGGUGCAGAGGGCCCGAGAUGAAACCCAGUGAGACCUGGGUCCCGACCCAGCUCCGAGCCUUGGCAGACUCCUAGCAGACUGUUUGCCCGGGACUGUGCAAUUGGUGUGAGUGACAGUCAAGUGCAGAGUGACAGAAAUAAAUUAUAUGUAGAGUGUU